CUCCUGACCGAGAGGAGUGUGUCGUCUCCUCCGAGAAGCGUGACCGAGGGCUGGGGGGGAAGAGGACGGAUUUGGGCUCCCUUCGUCUCCUUCUUGCCGGGUGCCGCUGCGCCUUCCGGUGAAACAACAAUAUUAUCAUUUCAAGGACGAAGAUAAGAGUCACUUUUCUUUUGUUUGGGCUUCUAUUUGUGCCCAUGCGCGUACGGACAUCGGGGACGACGAGAACCGCGCAGUCCCCCCCUCCUCCUCCCCCCGGACUUGGUGGAUGGUUCUCGGUGUACAUGAAGUGGAUUUUCCCCCCCCGGCUGGUUGACAAAUGAAUUCGGAGCGCUUCCGGGCAGAGAAAUGCCAACGGCGGCGAUAAGGAGACCGAGGAACACCGUUGAGCCUGUUGAUGUCACGACUUGGACUUGGGCGUGGAUUGUUUUUCCGAGGCAAAGGAAAGUUGGCACGGGCAAGACGUGAAUAUGAAGAAUCACUCGAAAUGGGGAGCGGGACCGAGCGUAUUUCCGUGCCAUUUCCACCGUUAUCUGGUCUAAAUUGGCUGUCAGAGUGUACCAACUGGUCGGAAUACAUCUUCAACCUUCUACUAUCCAGGUUUUAGCCUUUGAUCGUGUCAGAGUGGGACGCGUGUGGAGGAGGAGGAGGAGCCAACGUGCGACAUGGCGCCGCCCCCGCUCAAAGGGGCGUGGCUCGUCCUGCCGCUGCUCAUCUGCGUGGUGAUCUCCUCAGCGGCAGACAGUCUGCCAACUUUCGUCAAAUCCCCCGAGGACCAGACGGGCAUCUCGGGCGGGGUGGCCUCGUUCGUGUGCCAGGCCGCGGGGGAGCCCAAGCCCAGGAUCACCUGGAUGAAAAAGGGCAAGAAAGUCAGCUCGCAGCGCUUCGAGGUGAUUGAGUUUGACGACGGCUCGGGAUCGGUGCUGCGCAUCCAGCCCCUGCGUACGCACAGAGACGAGGCCAUCUACGAGUGCACGGCCGCCAACAGCGCCGGCGAGAUCAACACCAGCGCCAAGCUGACCGUGUUUGAAGAGAACCAGAUCCCCCACGGCUUCCCGACCAUCGACAUGGGCCCCCAGUUGAAGGUGGUGGAACGGACUAGAACCGCCACCAUGUUGUGUGCGGCCAGCGGAAACCCCGACCCAGAGAUUUCCUGGUUCAAGGACAUGCUUCCCGUGGACAUCAGCACCAGCAAUGGACGCAUCAGACAGCUUCACUCAGGUGGUACACCAAUUAGAGGAGCUCUGCAAAUUGAGAACAGCGAGGAGUCGGACCAGGGCAAGUACGAGUGCAUCGCCACCAACAGCGCCGGGACUCGCUACUCGGCUCCCGCCAACCUCUACGUACGAGUGCGGAGGGUCCCGCCCAGGUUCUCCAUCCCGCCCACGAACCAAGAAGUGAUGCCGGGCGGCAGCGUCAACCUGACGUGUGUGGCGGUGGGCUCGCCCAUGCCCUACGUCAAGUGGAUGAUGGGCCUGACGGAGCUGACCAAGGAGGAGGACAUGCCGAUGGGGCGCAACGUGCUGGAGGUGACCAACAUCCGCGAGUCGGGCAACUACACCUGCGUGGCCAUGUCCUCGCUGGGCUUGAUCGAAGCCACCGCUCAGGUCACGGUCAAAGCUCUGCCGAAGCCCCCCACGUCUCUCAUUGUGACCGAGACCACAGCCACCAGCGUAACACUGACCUGGGACUCGGGCAACCCGGAACCCGUGUCCUACUACAUGAUCCAGUACCGAGCCAAGGCGUCAGAAAACGGCUUCCAGGAAGUAGAAGGCGUCGCCACCACCCGCUACAGCAUCGGCGGACUGAGCCCCUACUCGGAGUACGAGUUCCGUGUUAUGGCCGUCAACAACAUCGGCCGUGGGCCGCCCAGCGACCCUGUGGAGACGCGAACGGGCGAGCAGGCGCCUUCCUCGCCGCCGCUCCACGUCCAAGCGCGAAUGCUAAGUGCGACGACAAUGCUGGUCCAGUGGGAGCCGCCCGAGGAGCCCAACGGGCAUAUCCGCGGCUUCCGGGUGUACUACAGCUCCGAUCACGGCGCUCCCCUCAGCGCCUGGCAGAAACACAACACGGACGACAGCAGCCUGACCACCAUCUCUGGCCUGACGCCCGAUAUCACCUACAGCCUCAGGGUGCUGGGGUUCACCUCCGUUGGGGACGGCCCGCCCUCGGACAUCCUUCAAGUCAAGACCCAGCAGGGAGUGCCGUCGCAGUCGUCCGGCUUUGAGGCUGAAGCUGAGCUGGACACCCGCAUCUUGCUGUCAUGGCUGUGGCCCGUGCAGGACCCCAUCGUAAAGUAUGAGCUGCAGUACUGGGAGGAUGGCUCGGACAACAAGAUGCACGUGACCUUUGACCCGGCGGGCUCCUACGCCGUGGACGGCCUGAAGCCCAACACUCUGUACCGCUUCUCGCUGGCGGCCCGCUCUGAAAACGGUUUAGGCGUCUACACCCAGCCCAUCGACGCUCGCACCGCCCAGUCCACCCCCUCCGCCCCGCCCCAGGAUGUCCGCCUGUUCAGCCUGAGCUCCACCAGCCUCAAGGUGAGUUGGGCGGCCCCGCCCGCCGCCAGCCGCCACGGCGCCAUCGUGCGCUACACGGUCAGCUACCAGGCGCUGGCUGGCGAGGACGUGGAGCGCCACGAGGCCACCGGCAUUGACGCCGGAGCCACCGACUAUAUCCUAGAGGACCUGGAGAAGUGGACCGAGUAUCAGGUGUGGGUGAGGGCCCACACGGACGUGGGGCCGGGCCCCGAGAGCGCCCCAGUGAGGAUGAAAACCAAAGAGGACGUGCCGGGAGCGCCCCCUAGGAAGCUGGAGGUGGAGGUGGUGAACUCCACCACCAUCAGGGUCACCUGGAAGCCGCCCCUGCAGAGCAAGCAACACGGCCAGAUAAGAGGCUACCAGGUCAUCUUCUCCCGCCUGGAGAACGGCGAGCCGCGGGGACAGCCCGACAUGCUGGACGUCACCUUGCCGGAGGCUCAGUGGAAUAUUCAGGACUCCACCGAGCAUGAGGCCACCAUCGGCGGUCUGCAGCCCGACACCACCUACUCCGUCACCGUGGCGGCGUACACCACCAAGGGAGACGGCGCCCGCAGCAAAGCCAAAGUCGUCACCACCACCGGAGCAGUGCCAGGCAAGCCCACCAUGAUGAUCAGCACCACCAUGGGCAACACCGCCCUCAUCCAGUGGCAGCCUCCCAAGGACAUGGUGGGCGAGCUGGUGGGCUACUACCUGCAGUACAAGCGCGUGGACGACGACGCCUACACCUCACGCGAGCUGAGGAAGACCGACGACCACUACACGGUCACGGGGCUGCACAAGGGCGCCACCUACGUCUUCCGCCUCAGCGCCCGCAACCGCGCCGGCAACGGCGAGCCCUACACCAAGGAGAUCGGCACCCCCGAGGACGUGCCGUCGGGAUUCCCGCUGAACCUGCAGGUCACCGGCCUGACGCAGUCCAGCACGCAGCUGACGUGGGACCCCCCGCUGCUGGCCGAACGGAACGGCAAGAUGGUGUCGUACGUGGUGGUGUACAGGGACAUCAACAGCCAGCAGAACAGCACCAACCGCACCGGCGACACCCGCAUGACCAUCCAGGGCCUCAACCCCGACACCACCUACGACAUCAGGGUGCAGGCUUUCACCAGCAAGGGCGGGGGACCCCUCAGUCCCAGCAUCCAGAGCAGGACCAUGUCUAACGAUUUUCCCACCUUGAACUUUGGCGUCAAAGCCGUCAUGAAGACGUCAGUCCUCCUCACCUGGGAUUUGCCUCCCAAUUACAAGUCCCAAGUGCCUUUUAAGAUCCUGUACAACCAGCAAAGUGUGGAGGUGCAGGGCAGCCUGAAGCGCAAGCUGAUCACGCAGCUGCAGCCCGACACCGACUACUCCUUCGUGCUGACCAGCCGGGGCAACAUCGCCGGGGGUCUGCAGCAGCAGGUGUCCAUCCGCACCGCCCCCGACCUCAUCAAGACCAAGCCUGUCUACACCACGCACCAGGCGCAGGGUGGCAAAAUGACCAUUGACCUGCCCAAGGUGCUCACCGCCACGCGCGUCAGCUGGUACUACAUCGGGGUGCUUCCCGUCUCCCAGUCCAGCCGGCGCUGGAAGAACCCGGACGAGAUGGACCUGGAUGAGCUGGUGAAAUCGAGCAAAGGUCCCGCCCUAAGGCGGCGGCGCCACCUGGGCUUGUCCAAGCCUUACAUUGCCGCAAAGCUGCCCGUGCUGCCGCCCACCUUCACCCUGGGCGACGAGAAGUGGUACGAGGGCUUCUUCAACAAGCCGCUCACCAGCCAGCAGGAGUACGUCUGCUUCGUGGUGGCCGAGCUGCGGGACGAGGGGGCCGACGGCGCCGCUAAUUAUAUGACAUAUUCGGCCAGUCCAUAUUCGGACCCCAUCCAGGUCACAACGCAGUCUCUGGCUCAGGGGCCGGAGCAAACGGAAAUGCUAUGGGUCUUGGGCCCGGUGUUUGCCGUAGUCCUAAUCAUCAGCAUCGUCAUCGCCAUCCUGCUCUUUAAGAAGAAGCGGGCGUCGCCUCUGCCCAAGGACGAGCACUCAGGUGGGGUGAAAGACUCCCUGCUGGCCAACUCCUCCGACCCCGUGGAGAUGAGACGGCUCAACUACCAGACGCCAGGUAGUAAACACAGUCCCAGCUCUCACCGCAGCCCCAACACGCCAAGGAUGCGGGAGCACCCGCCCAUCCCCGUGGUGGAGCUGGCGGACCACAUCGAGCGACUGAAGGCCAACGACGGCCUGCGCUUCUCCCAGGAGUACGAGUCCAUCGACCCGGGCCAGCAGUUUACUUGGGAGAACUCCAACAUGGAAGUGAACAAACCAAAGAACCGCUACGCCAACGUCAUCGCCUACGACCACUCCAGAGUGGUGCUGACCUCCGUGGACGCCGUCCCCGGCAGCGACUACCUCAACGCCAACUACAUCGACGGCUACCGGAAGCAGAACGCCUACAUCGCCACGCAAGGCCCGCUGCCUGAGACCCUCAGCGACUUCUGGAGGAUGGUGUGGGAGCAGAGGUCCAGCACCAUCGUCAUGAUGACGCGACUGGAGGAGAAGUCUCGGGUGAAGUGCGACCAGUACUGGCCGUCGCGAGGGACCGAGACCUACGGGAUGAUCCAGGUCACCAUGCUGGACACGGUGGAGUUGGCCACUUACAGCGUGCGCACUUUCGCGCUCUACAAGAACGGCUCCAGCGAGAAACGAGAGAUGCGGCAGUUCCAGUUCAUGGCCUGGCCGGACCACGGAGUGCCUGAGUAUCCCACUCCCAUCCUGGCCUUCCUGAGGCGCGUCAAGGCCUGCAAUCCUCCGGAUGCCGGGCCCAUGGUGGUCCACUGCAGCGCCGGCGUCGGCAGGACGGGCUGCUUCAUCGUCAUCGAUGCGAUGCUGGAGCGCAUGAAGCACGAGAAGUCAGUGGACAUUUACGGCCACGUGACAUGCAUGCGGGCCCAGAGGAACUACAUGGUGCAAACCGAGGACCAGUACAUCUUCAUCCACGAGGCGCUGCUGGAGGCGGCCACCUGCGGCAACACGGAGGUGCCGGCGCGCAACCUCUACGCCCACAUCCAGAAACUGACGCAGCCGCCAUCCGGCGAGACGGUCACCGCCAUGGAGCUGGAGUUCAAGCGCCUGGCCAACUCCAAGGCCCACACGUCUCGCUUCAUCAGUGCCAACCUGCCGUGCAACAAGUUCAAGAACCGCCUGGUCAACAUCAUGCCUUUCGAGUCCACCCGCGUCUGCCUGCAGCCCAUCCGCGGCGUGGAGGGCUCCGACUACAUCAACGCCAGCUGCAUCGACGGCUACAGACAGCAGAAGGCCUACCUGGCCACGCAGGGCCCGCUGUCCGAGACCACCGAGGACUUCUGGAGAAUGUUGUGGGAGCACAACUCUACCAUCGUGGUCAUGCUCACCAAGCUCAGAGAGAUGGGACGGGAGAAGUGUCACCAGUACUGGCCGGCCGAGCGCUCCGCCAGGUACCAGUACUUCGUGGUGGACCCCAUGGCCGAGUACAACAUGCCUCAGUACAUCCUGAGAGAGUUCAAGGUCACAGACGCCAGGGACGGCCAGUCCAGAACCAUCCGCCAGUUCCAGUUCACCGACUGGCCCGAGCAGGGAGUGCCAAAAACCGGAGAGGGCUUCAUCGACUUCAUUGGCCAGGUGCACAAAACCAAGGAGCAGUUCGGACAGGACGGACCGAUCACUGUACACUGCAGUGCCGGCGUGGGCCGCACCGGAGUCUUCAUCACGCUCAGCAUCGUGCUGGAGAGGAUGCGCUACGAGGGCGUGGUCGACCUCUUCCAGACGGUCAAGACACUUCGCACCCAGCGGCCCGCCAUGGUGCAGACCGAGGACCAGUACCAGCUGUGCUACCGAGCCGCUCUGGAGUACCUGGGGAGCUUCGACCAUUAUGCAACGUAACCGCUGGCAACACAGCGCCUGCCUCGGUCGGACCCUCUCAGGUGUGUGCCAAGUGUCCCCUCUCAGCCACCAUCCUUUUGGCCCCCAAAAAUUUAAAGUUGAAAAAAAAAAGGAAAGGCCAGGGGUGGCGCUCGCAGGACCCCGGCGGGUUCAAACCGACAACCCAGAGCCCCGACCAUUUUUUUUUUUUUUUUUUUACUCGAAAGGACGUGUACAGUCCAUUUACAGUAGUACCACUUUUAAUAUUAUCCGUUAGUGUUAACUUCUUUAUUUUUUUUAUUUUUCUACCACGGCUUGUGUCUUAAAUUUUUUUUUACGAAUAUUAUCAUCCUUUCCAGUUUGUUUCGGGUACUGUUUUUUUUUUUUGUGUGUGUUCCUACCGUCCUAGAUUCUAAUCUCCCGGUUUUGCGUUCGUACUCGGGAUUUCCAUGGAAAAAAAACGGACAAAACAAAACAAAAAAAAAACUGCCUUUUUUUUUUUUUUUUUCCACUGGACUAUUUGCUGGAAGACUUUUGAGAGCACAAAAUUAGCGGCGGGCGUGUACAGGGAGAAGCGAAGCACACCGACUUUUUUUUUUUUUUUUUUUUCCGUGUUCGUGUGGACGGCAUCGAGGCCUUUCAUGCUCCACUUUUGCGGGCUGGAAAAAUAUCCUUUCCACGCAGGCCCCGCCCAUUCGCCAUCAGCCUGUACAGAAUCGACCAUUCCUCCCUGAAAGGGGCUGAGACGGCGAGCGAGCGAGCGAGAAAAAGAGAGAGACAGACUCCGCCCCCUUUGGACUUGACACCUGAUGUUCUUUUCUACAGAAAUAGAAGUAUAAAUAUAUAUAUAUAUAUAUAUAUAUGAUUGAUUAUAUAUAUGUACAAUGACACAUAGAUGUAUGGCUUCUCUAUAUUGUUCCCAUCAAUGACGCCGUCGUCCAGCGUAGUCAUGGCAACGUAUCUACUGUUCCGCCAUAUUGUCAACAAGGGAGUAAAAGCAGCACAACACCCUCCUAAACCCCCCUGCCCCCCAUCCACACACACACACAAGUUGAGGCUUAAUGACCACAAGUUACAUAAGAGGGAGGGGCUAAGAAAGUUCCGUAAGGGGGAGGGGCUUGUGGGGGGGGGUCCAUGUUCAUUUUGACCUUGUGAAUGCUUUGUGCCGUAGGGGUUUCCACUCGUCUGUUUUCUAUUUGUUGACAAACAACUGCAAUUUCAAGGAGAACCUGUUCUUGUUGAUGAUGAUGAUGAUGAUGAAAAACAAACCUUGAUGUUAAUAAAGAUACAUAAUUGUU